GUCAGCAUUAAUCAGUUCAAAGUUUACCCACGUGGCUUUUAGCAUAGAUACCUAGUUUUAGGCCUUGGAGAAGCUCAGAAGGCCUAGUAGGAGAGAAUGUCAGCAAGGUUCAGAAAGGCUGUCAGUGUGGCAGAGUCGUUUGCUCGAGGUAAGGAGCUCUUCCCCAGACAGAGGAUUUAUCUGUGCAACUGGUUUGUUAAACUGGUGAAGCCUGGCAAAGAAAUACCCAGUGAUCAAGUCCAAUGUCAUGUCCCCAUGAAAAUGACAAAAUUUGAUGUUCGUAACUAUUUUGAGAAGAUCUAUGGUGUCAAAGUAGCUGCCGUGCACACACGAAUACAGAAGGGGAAACUACGGAGGGAUAAGAAACAGCCGACCAAACUAAUUAAGAAGUCAUGUGAUACAAAAGUGGCGUAUCUCACCUUGGUGAACCAGACCUUUGAGUUCCCCAAUCUGUUUGGCCGCUACAAGCCUUGGAGAGAGGACUUCACUAAAGAAAUUGAUGAUUUCUAACAUAUUUCAUAAUAGAGAACAAUACUUAUAAUCAUCUUCCUUCAUCUAUAAUUAUAGUGGGAUUUAUCAGCUCUUAGUUUUGUUUUUAAUUAAAUAAUUUAUUGCAGAAUUAAUUUUGUAUUUUUACAUGCAUAUUUUGUGUACGUACACAUGUACUUGACAUAAUCAACGUUUAAAAUGGUUCAAUAUAAUUAUAUUCAA